AUGGCCCGCCCCAAAAAGGCCAAGGCGGCGCCGGCGGCGGCCGCGCCGCCGCCCGCGGUCUGCGAGGCGCUGCUGCUCGCCACGGUCUGCAUGGUCGGCCUGCCCGUCGAGGUGCAGGUCCGCGACGGAUCCGCCUACGCCGGCGUCUUUCACGCCGCCUCCCUCGACGCCGGAUACGGUGUUGUGCUAAAGAAAGCACGGAAGAUUGUGAAUGGGAAGGACGAUGCCAAUCUAUCUCUGGGAGCUUUUGUGGAUACUCUCAUUGUUUGUCCAGAUGAUCUUGUUCAAGUGAUCGCAAAGGAUUUUUCCCUUGCUACUAAAGAUGUUGCUAAAAGUACUGCUUGUGGUGUGAUGGCAGCAUCAUUGGAGCCACAAACUUCACAUUUGAAAGAUCCAAAAGCAUCCGGGUCUGUAAUUGUGUCUCCAUCAAAACAGGUUGAGAAGUGCAGCAGGCAGUGUCAGAAUAGUGAUAUCUCCAUUGGGAAAAUUGCUCCAAGUAUUAACUCUAGUUCUUCAGAUGUUAAAACAUCUGAACCAGUCAACAAUUCAUCUACUAAAGUUGUCUUGUCAAGCAAAAGCACUACUAAGGAAUCGAAACUCAAUCCACAUGCUAAGGUCUUUGCUCCAUCUUUGGCAAGUACCAAACCAGUACAUGUAGCUGCACCCCCUGUUAACCCAAACUAUAUCUCGAACUCUGUCCCUAGAGUUCCAACUGGUAUACCUGUAUUUCAAAGUCACUCUCUGCCAGGCAGUUCAUCUCUACCCAGCAAGGUUGUUCAUUAUAAUAACCUGGCUCCUGGAAACUUUGGCAUUUCACCUCAAUAUGUUCAAUCAAUUAUGGGGCAUAAUGUGGGCAGGCUAGAUCCUGCAAGACUUGGUACACCAUAUCACCCCUUGCAAACGGGAUCAACCUAUAUCAGCCCUAGUCCUCAGCCUGUGCUUGAUGGGAAGUUCAGUCCUGUUGUUUAUGUUCAUCCAGUUGCUCAGGAUGCUAUGCAUGGAACACCUGUUAUUUCCCAAGGUUGGCCUCGUCCUGUGUUGUUGAACUCAUAUCAAGCUAGCUUGCAAAAGUUUCAAGGCACUAGCCCAUUCUAUGGGGCUCCAGCAGUCAUGGCAAGUGGGAACCUGCCUAUGAUGGUACCAAGCCCUGCACAGCUUGUGCAGCCAUUCCAGGCCAUUCAUCUGAUCAUGCUUCCUUCUGCAACCAGCAUGUUUCCAGGCAAAUACAUGUAAAGUGUCAUACCAAUUUGAUUAUCCGCUUCCGUUGGAAGAAUCUUGGCUUACCCCUUGGCUUUCGGGGUACACAUCUAAGAGGACUCGCAGUUUUUCCUACCCUGUUAAUUCACCUACUAGUUGCUGGUCACUGUCCGUCUUUUUAUUGGGAGGACUUGCAACGUUUGCUAUAAACCAUACUUCGGUGUGGGUUAUGGAUUAAUUUUUGGGGGGAGUUCAUGGGAGCAGUUGAUAUGAAAAUAGAGAGGAGAUUGAAGCAAUUCUUUGAGUGCCUUGGCAACACAUUUUACCUGUUCUUUUGCCUUGCGGAGCAGUAUGUACAAUGAAACAUUGUAAAAGAGUAAGAUAGUGAAGGGCCUUUUUCGUUUUUC